AUGUCUUUCUACAAAGAACCAAGCCCAAAGGAUGACGCUAGAGCUGUGUUCCAAGUUCUGAAACGGGGUGGUAUUGCGAUUAUUCCAAUGAAUGUUGGCUACGGAAUAACCGCGAUCGAUCCGGACGCAUUGGACCGGAUUUUCCGCACGAAACGACGAGAACCACACAAGCGACAUGUCAUGGUUGGCAGUUACCUUCUGCAUCGAGAAAUUCAUCUUCUUGCCCCACAAGAAGCAAGCAUAGUCAAACUCUUGACUGUGAAUUUAAAUCUUCCUCUUGGGGUUGUGGCGCCAUAUCGCCUUGAUCAUCCCAUAAUUCAAAAGCUUCCACCGGAUAUAUUAGCCAAGAGCGUUGUUGAAGACACUCUAGCGCUGUUAGUCAACGGAGGGGCUUUGCUAGACGAAUUGUCUCGACUUGCUACCAUAGAGAAACUUCUUCUGAUGGGAUCAUCUGCCAACAUCACCGGCACGGGAGUGAAGAUUGUGGUUGAGGACAUUGAGCCUGAGAUCCUGAAAGUGGCAGAUAUAGUUAUUAAUUAUGGGAUACAAAAGUUCCACCAUCCUCGACCCUCUUCUACCAUGAUCGAUUUCAGGACAAUGAGAGUUGUGCGAUACGGAGCUUGCUACGAUGUAGUGCAAGAUGCUCUCUGGCGAUUUUGUAGAAUCAAAGUGCCAGAUGAUCCUGGAACGUCUCCUCUUUCAUCUGGAGAGACUACUGUGGACAGGAUAUAA